AUGUUCGCAGUAUAUUUUCAUGGGCAGUAUAAAGGUCAUGAUGGUCUAAUAGACAAAUUUGACGAAAUGAGAAUCUUUACAGUUCGUUCAGACGAAAGUCUUGAGAAAACUCUAAAUGACUUUCAAACUCAAAUGAACAAAUAUUAUUGGGAAUUUCAAGAAAAAUACGACUCUUUACUAAAUGGAACAUACUAUCUGAAACUAGAAUAUGACAAGAUGAACUCCACCGUUUCAUUUCAAAAGAUUGAAAUUAACCCUCCAAGAGAUACAGAGUUUUUAUUUUGGGAAGUAGACAAACGUUCUUGGGCACAAUUUCUUCGGUUACUAAACCAGAACGAACCAUUACCACCAGAUGGUCCAUUUCAAUUUAUACUUCCACCAGCAGAUUUGACAGUUUAUAGAAACGUGUUUGACCCUCAAAAUGUUAUGUGUCAUGCAAGUUUCAGUUCAAGCAACAAUAGUUUUCUAUGUAUUGGUAAGGACUUUUAUGACUUUGCUUCUAAAUUCUACGAACCACCUAGUAACAGUUUCUCUGACUUUCAAGUUUGGUUCACAACAAAUGGUGUGCAACAUAUUAUUCCAUUGUACUAUGACUUUUAUCUCGAAUUGUCUUUCAUAUAUAACUACGGAAAAGUGCUGAAAAAGUAUUGA